CUACUCAGGUUGGCAAAUGUCUGUCUGGACAUUGUGAAACUUUCUCCGGAAUAUUAAAAAUGAAAUAGGUGUUUUUCAUAACUUCUCAGAUUGUCUCUCCAAGUCAUGGCAUCGUCUUUUACUAGAUUGAACUUGAUCUGUUACACUGGGUGUCUGUCUUUGAGAAAGCUUCUGGAGGCAGCUCUUUUCAUUUAGCUUCUGUUCCUGGAUGUAAAUAGAUAUAAUGGCUACCAUCGGCAGAAAGAAGGCUUCUUUAUCAGUAGUAAAAUCCUUGGCCAAAAUGUUUGAUCCUAAUGCUUUACAGAAUCAGCAUGUCUCACGAAGAGGGGCCUUUUUCUACUCUCUUUAUUAAGGACAAAUUUCUCCUCUCCUGAAAAUAAAUGUGUGUUGGAUCUGAAGGCGGCUUCCGUCAGUCAGGAAAUUUGUGCGUUGCUGACAAUGUUCUGCAGAGGUUAGAUUAGAAAUCUGAUCUAUGGAAAGAAAUAUCGAACUCUUGAAGAAAUAUGGAAGAAACUGGCAAGACAUCACUUGCUGCCCCGUCAAAAACUUUAAUGAGCUCUGAUAGGAAGCUGGUAUGCGCAGACAUUAAAAAGAAGUUUUCUGAAAUGCCGAAGAAUGCAGAACAACAUAAACAAAGAUUAGAAGGAGUUGAACAAGUGAUCCUAGAAGUUCAGCAACAUGUUGGUUCUUUGGAAGGGGAGUUAAAGACUUCUACAGUCACUGAUCCCAUAUGCAGGAAAGAAGCCCCUUGUAAGCUCCUUAGAGUUGGUGGCAAUUUGAAAAAAGAUAGGCUAGAAAGUUGUUUCAGAAUGCAGAUGUUCUCAGAAAAAAAGGAAACAUUGUUCAGCAAAUGGAGUGAAAAGGAAAAGUCGUAUCUUACUGCAAAGGGAACAAAAUCUAUAAAAAAGAAAAAAACGCCAGAUUCCUCAGAUGGCUCUGAUGAGAAGUCAGAAUUAUAUUCUCAUACGGAAAAGGUCCAUAAACUCAACAAAGAGAAUACAGAGAAGGCAAACACUUUUCUUGUUCAGAGAAAUUCCCUAACAUCUCUUGAUUCUUAUGAGUCUGAAGUGUGUGCAGAGAGAAGUAAUAGUAACAGUUGGAAAGGUUCUCUUCGGAAGACCUCAGGAAAGAGUCCAGAGGAGGUGAAUGCAAAUGAAGCCAACCAAAGUCAGAAUAACCCAGAUACAGAAGGUGAUGCUCUAGGACCUGUGAAGAAGCAUGAUGGAUCUCAAGAAAGUCCAGAGAAUGUGGGAGAAGAUGAUAAAAGAAAAGAUAUUCCCAGGGAUGAAAAAGCAGAAGUACCAGAAAAAAUAUCUCAAAGAAAAAAAUCAAUAGAAGAUCCAGAUAUCAAGCAUAAAGAAAAUGAAAAAGCUUUAUUUCUUCUGAAAGAUGAGCAAACCCUCAGCAGCAAGCGUCGUGUGAAUGAGGGAAGUUUUCCCAAAGAUAUCAACAAAAAGAGCAGAGUGGAUGUAGCAAAGGCCAGUGGUGGACUUAAACCAAAAGAAGCAGCUAAGCCAAAAACAACAGAACUUGCCUUACUUGGAAAAACAAUCCCAUCUAAAUCAACAGCUGCCAACAAGAACAAAAUGAAGCAAGACGCUUCAAAGGGGGAUAAUUUUAUAAUUGGUAACAUACUAUCAAUACCUGCUCCUUUUGAUCACAGGAUCAUCAAAGCAAAAAGAGCUGGGAUUGGAAGCUUCUAUCACAUCUUCAAGAAUGAAGUUUUGGGAGGUGGACGGUUUGGCCAGGUGCAUAAAUGUGAAGAAAAAGAGACAGGUCUCAAAUUAGCAGCCAAAACUAUAAAAGCCAGGAGUGUAAAGGAAAAGGAUGAAGUGAAAAAUGAGAUUAGUAUAAUGAAUCAGUUGACCCACAUGAACAUCAUUCAGCUGUAUGAUGCUUUUGAAUCAAAAAAUGAUCUUGUCCUUAUUAUGGAAUAUGUGGAAGGAGGAGAACUGUUUGAUCGAAUUCUUGAUGAAAACUCCAGCUUGACAGAGAUGGAAGCCAUCUUAUUCAUAAAACAAAUCUGUGAAGGGAUUCAAUACAUGCAUCAAAUGUAUAUUCUCCAUUUGGACUUGAAGCCUGAGAAUAUCUUGUGUGUGAAUCGAAAGGCACUUCAAAUAAAGAUUAUUGACUUUGGGCUGGCAAGAAGAUACCAACCAAGGGAAAAACUUAAGAUCAACUUUGGCACUCCAGAAUUUCUUGCUCCUGAAGUUGUGAACUAUGAUUUUGUUUCUUUUCCUACUGAUAUGUGGAGCAUUGGUGUCAUGACCUACAUGUUGAUUACUGGAUUAUCUCCUUUUCUGGGUAAUGAUGAUAAUGAGACUUUGAAUAACAUCCUAGCUUGUAGGUGGGACUUCGAAGAUGAAGAAUUUGAAAAUGUGUCUGAAGAAGCCAAAGAUUUCAUCUCUAAGCUUCUUAUUAAAGAAAAAUGCUGGAGAAUUAGUGCAGGUGCAGCUUUAAAACAUCCUUGGUUGUCCAGUCAAAUCCUCCAUUGCAAAUUGGAAGCUAAGAAGAAGAGCAAACGUUCUUCUCAAUCUUAAGCACCUGGGGUUCCAUAACAUCUCUCAGAACUGAAAGGAGAAGCUGCUGUGUAAUCACUGCUUUUGUGAUGUUUGGAAACCCAGAUGAGUGGUUCUGAGGCUUCACCUUCCUCUCCUACUCCCCGAGAUGACUUGAGGUUUUUACUAAGUGGACCAACAACCACUUGAGCUGCAGGAUUUACAUCCCAGUAGUGCUGAGCUACUCUCUUCUUCCCCUGCUUUCUUUCAGUCUUCAGUGGCCAUUGGCAUUUCCAGGAAAGAGUGCCAUUUGAAGACAGUACUAAUUUGUGCUUGAGAUUGGUAUCUUUGCUUACAGUCAGCAUGAUAUUUCUGGUGUUUCCAGAGUCAGUUGUUGAAAGUACGGUGAGACGAUCAGAUGCCUGCUCAGCUCAGCAACAGAGGUUGACCUUGAUUUUGUGAUGGCUGCUUUCAAAACUACUGCAUUGAAAAACAUGCUGUUAGGAAAAAAAAUGGUGUAAAAUUAUGUGUGAUGUGUAAUGGUUAAGAGAAGAUGGUCUCUCUUUUCCCUGCAAACACAGAAUGACUCUGCUAUUGUCAUGAUAAGAUGUUCCCUGGAAUGUCUUCUCCAUGCCGGUUGCUAACAUAUAUUAAUAUUGUAAUAUUGUUUAAAGUAGGAACUUUAAAAAUGGUGCAUUUGGCAAGGAUGGGUUUCGAAUGCAGGUUUUCUUUCAUUUUGUUUGAAUUUGCUAGCUUGUGAAUCUUUUUCAUAGCCUUUGAAUGUUCCAAUUUGAAAUUGCUGUAGGUUAAAAACAAAUGGAUUCUCCUGAAAGCUGGUGCAGUGAAGCAUUGACAGUUUACAAAUAGGAGUUGUGAAUAGCUAGAAAUUCCCUCGUGAUCUUAGGCAACAAGCUGCCUCUCAGCUUUAGCUCCAUGGGUGUUUGCAAAGGUUGGGUGGGGCAUGAGGUGGAGGAGCUGGGUGGAAUGGAAUGGGCAAAGAAAACUAAAUAUGUCAUGUGCUUCAUGAUAUCAUCAUGCAAGUGAAGGAACAUGAUCUGUAUCCUUCAUGAAAUGACAUCAUGCUGCAUGUGACAUCAGCCCAUCUCAAUAAUUAUACUAGUUUACAAACCCAGAUUGUGCCUGCAAACAGCUUUGUGGCUCUCAACAUAAGACGCAUUUUACAGACGAGAAAUAAUAGGUGAACACAAAUAAGGCUAACUUAUUGUGAGAUUACUAGAAUUUUGUCAGGGGAGCUGUAAACUAAAUCAAGCAAAGAACUGGUGGCACAGGGAUAUAAUUGUCAGUGGUUCUUUUCUUUACAGUGAUUAAGAAAGAUUUCAAGUAGACAAAAGAAGUGAUAGUUUUGCGCAUUAUAAGACUGAGUCUGAAACAGAAUUGCACACAAAUUAGUUUAGUAAAGCAAUUAUCAAAACAUAGAAGUGUUUAUGAAAAUUUGAAACAGAAGAAAACAAGUGAGAGAAUUAUGACAAAGUGGGCAAAAAUGUUGGGUAUAAUACACAGAUGGAAUAAUGGGGAAAUAUGUGGCUGAAAGGUUUGAAAUUUAUCUUAUGUUAUAAUCUUAAAAAGAAUUUUAUAAAAUGAUGUGCCAUGUAUAUGUACUGUUGAAAUCUCUCUCUCUCUCUCUCUCUCUCUCUCUCUCUCUCUCUCACACACACACACACACACACACACACACACACACACCUAUCUAUACUUCAAAUUUAUGUUGGAAGCAUGAACAACAAAAGGGGACAUUUUAUCAUGUUUAGUGGGCGUGUAAAAAAGCUAGAAAAUUCUGGAUCCAGACCCAUACACUGAUUCAGAGGAUUUUCAAGAUUAAUAUACAAAUGAAACCAGAGGGGUUUUUUUUGAGGGGGAUUGAUGGACAAAACUUAUGGAAUGUUGUUGUUGUUGUUGUUGUACAGUGUAAUUGCAGUAAGAUUAUUGUAUGCAUAAAAAUGGAAAGAUAUAGCAUUACCCCAAUGGAGUGAUGCUUGGCGAAGAUGAUGGAACUUGCAAGAUAGCUAAAUUGACGUCUUGGAUCAGGGAAAAUAUUUAUGUUUGUUGUUAACUGGAACCUUUAUAGAAUUUUAUUGUGUGAAACAAAAAAAAUGAACUUAUUAUUUAUGGCUUGAAUGAUUAGACAGAAUGGAUUACAGAAAGAGGACAGUUAUGUUGUAAUCAUACAGAAGAGGUGAAUUGAUAAUUGUACUUGUAACUGUUGUAAAGAAGAUUGGAAGCUACUUCUUCGUAUGUUUUUUUUCUUUCUUUUCUAUUUUUGUUUUACAUUUAUCCCCUUUCUUGUAGUUUAGCUUUUUCUUCAACUUAUUUCUUUUUUUCUUUUAGCUUACUUUGUAUCAGUUUGUAUUCAUUUUCAUUUUUAAAAAAUAUUUAGUAAAAUUGUAUUAUUACCACAGCUACAUCUGGUCUACCAGCUUAGUUGUAAAGAUAGCUGAAAUAAGACACUUGAAAUUGUAUGCUAUAGAUACAUACAUGCAUACACAACUACAUGUGCAUUUCUCUGUAAACAAAUAAUGUAGAUUAAGAAACAUCCAAUGCUAAUACCGAAAAAAGAUCUAGUGUACAAAAAAAAACCCCAAAAAACUAAAUAUCAAAUAGAUCUAACAUUAAACAUAAAAAUUAAUCUGUUUUUUCUUCUUCUUUUCUAUUUUCUAUUUUAUUUUUGAUGAUAAAAGAAAAAUAAACGUGUUAAAAAAACUCUGCAGGAUCAAUUAUCAGUGAGUGGGAAUUUAUAUUAGCUGUAUUACUAAUCUGCUCCUAGUUUAAAAUAAUGUCCUCCAAAUAUAUACUGGCUAAGGAAUUAAAAUAUUAUAAAUUUGGUAGUUUGGAAAAGUUGCUAGAGAUCAGCAUCUAUUUUAUCCAACAGCAAAAAAGAAAAACAAACCUAUGGCAGUUUCUUGGAGAAAAAUGUUUUAUUUCCUUGAGGCUGAUUAUUUCUUUAUCCAACUCCGUAGGUCCUUUGACUGCAGAAAAAUGAUCUCUGAGAAAAUAGAUUUAUAAAUGGUCUUGCCAAGAAACCAGAAAGUGUUGCUCUGGCCUAUGGGUAUCAAAUUAUUACUAGCACAGACGUUCCCUAAAUCUGAUAACAACCAGCUUUAUCAGUUACAGAAUACAUUUAGAUUGCUGUGCGUUUGACAAGUGACUCCAUGGCCCCACAAUAUUUGUUCUGAUAUUUGAAAUCUGAUUUAUCUUAAACUAGGGGGGAUGAAGGUAGAAUGAGAGGUCCGUAUAAACUUUAUAUCAGUACUAGGGGGCUUCCCUGUUCAUAAUAGACACAAUUUUUUUCAAUUUUAAUAAAUAUUAAAUGUUGAAUGAAUUUAAUCCUCUUCCAAGAUAAAUAUAUAGAAGGAGAUUACCGCAAUUUCUUUAAAUAUGGAAAACUGAUUGAUCUUGAUCGAUGGACAAGUCACGUUUGAACACGAGAUGGGUGGCCCAUAAAUUUAAUGAAUAAAUAAGUGUUCAGGUUUCAAUUUUAAGUUUUCAUGAGAUGGAAUUAGGCCUGAAACAGGAAUGGUAUAUAUAGGACCAGAUUCCUCAUGUAUAAAUGAAAAUAUUCCUUCUAUAUCAGUAGAAAAGAUGACACCCUCACAGUUUACUAGAUAAUCCUGGAUCAUAACAGGAUUUCUAGACAGAUUUUAAACUAGUUUAAUUGCCAGUACUACCCAUGCUGAUGAAAUGAUGAUAUGGAUAUUCAUUCACUGCAUUAGAUUUUGGGAACUUCUAAUCGUUUGAUGAAAGAAUUGCAGAUAUACCAAGAGUUCUUAAACUUAAAUGAUGUAUAUAGUAUUUUGUGUUGUUUCAGAAAACAAGCUUUAGCAACAGCAAUGCAUUUUUCUCUUUAAAUUUUUCAUUAUUCUGUCACUGGAAAUUACACUAUUUUUGUUCUUGUCAUGAAAUGGUGAUCAAUAGCGCAAUAAAUUUUCAUAAGCUGACAGAUUGGCUAUUUCCAGGUGUAUGGACUUCAAAUCCCAGAAUUGCACAAUUAGCAUGCCAGUGGGCGGAUUCAAAUAUGUGAAGAGCUGGUUCUCUGUGUGGAUGCCACUUCCAGAAGUCCAUUCUGGGCCUGGGCAACAAAAAAUUAGCUGAACUGGUGUGAACUGGCUUAAUCCCACCACUGCAGUAUGCUCAUUGAUGAGAAUUCUUACAGUUGUUGCAUCACGUAAUGAAGCAGAAAAUAAGGAGGAAGUAAAUAUAUUUGAUAUGAGUCAUGGAAAUGUCUACCAAGAGAUCUUGUAAAUCCAAUCCAAUCUUUACCUGUGCAUUUAAUAAAUGGAGACUGACUUGUUAAAAGCUGGAAAGGUUCAUUUAAACAAUUAAAUAAUAUUAAGAAAUAUUAAUUACGUUAGCUAUUUCUACUAUAAACUAUCACCAUCUCUUCCCCUUGUUCUUAAUUAUGUGUAGCUGAUUAAGUCCAGGACUGUCCACAAGAAGAGAGUCAAAAAAAAAAAGUCAGCAUGGUACACAAUCAUGUAAUAAAAACCUUCACCCUUUUUUAAUGUGCAUUGUGACUAAUGAAGUCAAAGCAGCCUAAAUAUCCAAUUCCUUGUCAGAGCUGAAGUUCAAGAGACAGACAUAUAGCUUACUCCCUACUUUCAUCUGAAUGAAAGAACUUUCUGACUGAAAUUACACAUUGUAUGAAGCUAAAAAAGUGUUAUUCUGAACUAGCGGUUCACAUUCAGUAAAAUUAUAAACUAAUUAAAAGCAAUUCUGCUAUGGCUUGGUGUUAAGCAUGAAUUGGUCUGGAGAUAUAUAUAUAUAUUUCCUAGAAGCACGAAGCUGAAAACACCAGCCUGAAGAUGACGAAUGGGACUUCGUCGAAACGUCGCCAAGACACUUCCAAUUUUACGCGGGAGAAAACCCGAAUAACCAAAGACCUACAUACAAACACCCACGAAAACCUCAUAUAUAUAUUCAAUAAUAUACAAUCCUCAAACUCUGGGAGGAAUAUAAAUCAACUGUUUAUUGCUGAAAAGUUUAAAACAAUAAAAACAACUAUUUACAAUACUAAAACAAACUUAGCUUUUGCUGAUCCACUGUCAGCAUCUUCAGAGUGAAGUGUUGGGGGUGGGGAGUUCUCUUAUAAGCCUUGCUAACCUAGUUUCUUACUCAUUGACCAUGUGAUAGGGCCAUUCGUCCUGACUAACCUUAAUUGCCUUAAUUGUCCCGCCUCCCCUUGUUUGCAUUCCAAUUCCACAACUUUUUCCCUCCCAUCCUUGUCAAUCUUCUCCUUCCUGGCAUUGUUGCCAUUAGUAUGCCUUCUAGCCGUUCCCCGUGCUCAUUUUGGGCCGCACAUCUUCAGAUAAAUGUUGUGUGAUUCAAUGAUCACUGUAAAGAAACCAAGAAGAUAAAUGACAAUUGGCUUCAUGCCAUUCUCCUUUGUUUCUGUCCUCCUUUUCUAGUCCUUCUUCAUCAAAAGCCACUUGCUUUUUGCAAGAGAGCAAAAGCUGUCAUUUCUCCUUUCUUUUUCCUUUUAUGUGACUAUCUGAAUACAUGCAGUCAAAGGAUUGUGCAUUAUAUAAUUGUACAAAAGAAAGAAAGAAGAUGGCAGUGAUAGACCUCAAGUUGCCGUAAAUGCAUUGAAAGUUCAUUUUGAAAAAUAAAUUCACUAGGAAAAAAACACUUCUGUCCCUCAAAAAAGACAGAAAACAGCUGCCUGUUUUGAAGACAGCAGGUGAACUAAAAAUUGAUGAAGAUGUACAAGCAUUGGAAUACUGGACUAGGAAGGCUUUCUUAAGUUGAAAGAUGAAUGUUAGACUGCCAUUUGCUAUCCAAUUAAGAUGAAAUGAGAGCCCUGUUCUUUUUUCAAGUGACAUGCAACUGUUACAGACCUACAAAAGUGAUUCUUUUAAAAGAUCCCAUGCAAGAUCAAUGGAAUGCUUGUGUCUAUAAAUACAGUACAUUUGGCCUUGACAAAUUCCCCUGAAGGUUUUCAUAAUCCUAAAAGCAAUGCAUUGGAUUCCCACAAUUGGAUUUCAUAGAAAGAGUAACUAAGUACACAUUUCUCAGUAAAUACAAUGCAGUUUGUACUGAAAAGAAAUGUCCUAUGUACAAAAUGCUUGCAAUAGUUGUGGUUUCAAAUGUUACUUUGAAUAAGGAUGUUCUGUUUGAAGGCCAACUUUGAGUGCUAAUAUUUUAAGAGCCUCUUGAAUAAUAUGUAAUGCCAACCGCUACUUUAACAGACUUCAUAUAUUCUACGUUUACCAAGUACCAAGUUCUAAAAUUGUUUCUUUGGUAAAUAGCAUAACCGUAGUUUAUUCUUAUAGUUAUACCAGCAUUUAAAAAAUAUUUUAUCACCCUUCCAGUGUUUGUUACUCUAUGUGUUACGUGCUCUGUUUGGGGAUACUAUGUCCAUAUGUUAAAAUAUAAUAUAUGUUCAUAUAUUUUGGCAAUGUGAAUUAAUAUGAUUGAGAGCAAGACAGGCACUUUACAAGACGCAGUAACUGUAUUGCACUUAGCUUAUAUUUUCACAGCUGGGUUGACACGACUGCAGCUAUUAUUUUCAGAAGUAGGGAACAGUACUUAGUUCAGUGGUGGCGAACCUAUGGCAUGCGUGCCAGAGGCGGCACUCAGAGCCCUUUCUGUGGGUACCCGUGCCAUGUCCUGACCCCGCCACCCUGGCCCCGCCCACCCAGUCUGCCAUGACCACUGCGGCCACACCCGUCCGGCACCCGGUGAUAAAUAAGUUGGUUUUGGGUUGCAGUUUGGGCACUGGGUCUCUAAAAGGUUCGCCAUCAAAUAAAUUUGAAGAAUAUUGUGUCAAGAUACAGAAUUUUCAACAUUAUAUUUUGAGAAAAAAUAUUCCAUUUGCAUUGACACCAAUACAAUCUGCAUAAAAUGCUUUAAAUGUUGAUAAUAACUUUCUGCUUCCUUAGUUUAAGUGAUUUUUCUGUCUUAUCACAUGAUUGUCCUUAUAUGACUAAGUGAACUUUUGAGAGAUUAUGUGAUUGUUAAAACAAGUAAAGAGAUAUAAUAUCCAAUAUUCAAGGCUUAUUUAAAAAAAUGGCUGCUGCCAAUAGAAUGGGCUAUAGACCAGUUGACUUUUUACUUUUUACUUAAUGGCUAGAUAAUAUUGUAAACAAAAGAAAAUUAAACAGCAAGAAGCCAAUAGUUGUUUCUCUUAUCAGGGUGCAAGAAAAAAUAUCUGCUGCAAACUCUUUGUAGGCAUCCAGAAGGAUAUACGGCCAGUAAGUGAUCAGCUCCAUUCAGUCACCCCAACUCUGCCCCAGAUAAAGGGAUUAAAGGGUUAUAAAAAGGAAAAAAAUAUUAUUAUGUGUCAUUCAGAAAAGGCUGCUGUAUCUUUACACGUCAUUUCAUUCACAGUUUUAUAUACUUGGGAUUUGACUUAGUGUAAAUGCAUGAAUUCACCCUUAAAAGUGCAUGAAUCUAUAUUAGAAUACUUUGAUCAGGGUGUUUCAAACUGAUUGCUAUCAUAUAUUUACCUCCACUGGUGAUGCCUCCCAAGUAUAAUAAAAAUACAAUCCUGAAACGAUCAUAUUUACAAUGAUGAAAUCAAACUAGAGUUACAGAUUGAGAUUAUGUAGAUUUAGUGCAUACAAUAGCACACACAUAGAUAAACCAAGAAUAGGGAAAUUAAAAAUUCAUAUAAAAGAACGCAUGUCUCCAAUUAGUUUUGAAUUUGACCUUCAGUUCUAGUGGUGUGGAAGAUCAAAUAGCUAUCUGAAUUGCCUUAAAAAAAAAAAAAAAAAACCCGAGU